UGGAUCGAUCGCACGAAGCCGACGGCUGUCCUGCUCGCCAAGCCCCCACCACCUGCCUGCAGGUCGGGCACCUGGUAUCCUAGGUCUUAAUGUUUUUCAGUUGUAAGGAGGUGAACUGCCAUAGCUUGGAUGUGCAUUAAUCAUAAGUGAAAGGAGAAUUAUCUCAGUUGAUGAAAGAUCUGACCAAGGUUGGCUCAUUCCUGCUAAGUGGCAUUUGCUGCCUGCUUCCAUUUAUCUUUUAGCUGAUAAACAGUCUAGCUUUCUCCUGGCCAUGGAAAGCACACUGAACUAUCUCUGGAAAAUGGAUGAUGUGCUAGGCCAAGGUGCCACUGCCAGUGUGUACAAAGCCCGCAACAAGAAAUCAGGAGAGCUGGUUGCUGUCAAAGUCUUCAACAAUGCCAGUUACCUGAGACCUCAGGAAGUGCAGAUAAGAGAGUUUGAGGUGCUGAGGAAGUUAAACCACCAGAACAUUGUCAAACUCUUUGCGGUGGAAGAGAUUGAAAGUGGCAAACAGAAGGUACUGGUGAUGGAGUUCUGCUCAGGUGGAAGCCUGCUGAGCCUGUUGGAAGAACCAGAAAACGCUUUUGGCUUGUCAGAAUCUGAGUUCCUCAUUGUGUUGCGCUGUGUAGUGGCUGGCAUGAACCACCUUCGUGAGAAUGGAGUCGUCCACAGAGAUAUCAAACCAGGGAACAUCAUGCGGCUGGCAGGAGAAGACGGAGAGAGUAUUUACAAACUCACCGAUUUUGGGGCUGCCCGAGAAUUGGAUGAUGAUGAAAAAUUUCAAUCAGUUUAUGGGACAGAAGAAUAUCUUCACCCGGACAUGUAUAAGCGAGCAGUGCUGAAGAAACCCCAGCAGAAGGCGUAUGGGGUGACUGUAGAUCUGUGGAGUAUUGGGGUAACUUUUUACCAUGCAGCCACAGGUAGCCUCCCAUUUAUCCCUUUCGGGGGACCUCGCAGGAACAAGGAAAUCAUGUACAAAAUAACAACAGAAAAACCUACUGGAGCUAUAGCAGGCACCCAAGAGCAAGAGAAUGGGCCCAUUGCGUGGACCUAUGAGCUACCCAUCGCAUGCCGGCUUUCUCUUGGACUGAAGAGACAGCUUGUCCCCAUCCUUGCUAACAUCCUUGAGGCUGAUCAAGAGGAGUGCUGGGGCUUCGAUCAGUUUUUUGCUGAAACCAAUGACAUCUUGCAUAGGACGAUAAUCCACAUCUUCUCUCUGUCACAAGCUAUCAUGCAUCGGAUCUACAUCCAUUCCUAUAACACAGCCACCAUAUUUUUAGAAGAAGUUUUCAGGCAAACAAACAUUGCCCCCCAUCACCAGGAAUAUUUCUUUGAGGGUCAUUCAUAUGAGCUGGAGCCCAACCUGCAAGCUCAUAAUUUCCCAAAAACCACAGAAAACUGCCCUCUGAUCAUGAUGAGCACUGAACCAGAGGACCUAAUGGGCUUGAGAUACAGAGAUCCAGCGUUAGAGUUCCCAAAAUUCCACCCAAAGAUUGAUGUCAUAGCAGACUGCAGCACAGCAAAGGAUGUCCUGACUGCAACUCACCAAACACUGAGGAUCUCUCGAUCAUUUCUGCAGUGUCGGGAGCUCAUUCUCAGAGGCCUGUAUUGGGUGAGUGAGGCUGUGAAAGGGGAGUGCCUGCGGAUUUUCGAGAAGAGGCAAACCAUGGUGGCAACGCUUGGCUGCUUGCAACGAGAAGAGACGAAGAUCCUGGUGCCGUAUGAGACUAUUGCUGGGGAUGGUGAGGUUCCAGGGCUGAAAAAUAUGGCUGAACUGAAAACGAGGCUUCAAGCUGUCAGUGACGAGAUCUCCAGAUAUGCCCACAGUGUCUCUGAACACCAAGCAAUGGUACGGUGUAUUUUAUCUGAAGUGGGGGGAAAAUGGAGCCAGAUGAAAGAAGACAGAAGCAUCCAGAAGAUGGAGGCCUGCCUUGACAAGAUGCAGCUCAUCUACAGCCAGUUCAAGAAGGCCCGGAAAUGCCCACGCCUGGGCUAUAAUGAACAGCAGAUCCACAAGCUGGAUAAGGUGAAUUUAGGACAUUUAGCCAAAAAAGUUCUUUCAGUUUUCCAGGAGAACUGUGUACAGCAAUACCAGGCUGCUCUUUCAGGACAUGGAACUAGAAUGAGGAAGACAUUUGAAAUGAGAAAAAAAUUGAAGAAGCUGAACAGAUCUUUAACUACCUGUAGUGCAGAGAUGUCAGGAUGCCAGGACUGCCUUUAUAAAGUUUUGGAUGAGUUACCUAGAAGGAUCCUUCAAGGCAAACUGACAUCUACUGCACCGAAACAAGUUUACUUAAAUCAGAAACACCAGGACAUGGUGUUUGGGAUGCAAGAGCUUCAAGACCAGAUGAAAAUAGUAGCUCACAACCUACAACUCAACAACAGUAUCAUCCAACGGUUAAAUGGGGUUGCACCAGGCCUGUAGGGGAGAGAGGUUGCAGAGGCUGAAACAAUAUUAUAAUGUGGGCAGACUGGUGUCAUCUAAGACCUGAGAAAACCUCAGCAUUCAGACUUAAAGAUGCCAAUGAAUUCUACCUCCUUACUCUAGCGCUUCGGCAUGGCUUGGAAUCACUGGCGCAGCUAAUCGGCAUACCUUGAUUGGUAGCGCGUCUGAUGUUUUUAGUUUGUUAUUAGAAAGAAAUAUUUUUUUAAAAUGUUCAUUGUUUUCUCAUGUCUGUUGAUUUCUGCAGUGGAGCAGAGGUUCUAUUUCUUUGGUUCUCUGAGAUUUGGCAUUUUGGAGCAUCUCAGCAGGUGUAUGCUGGGGAGAGAUCCAUCUGUGGGCUUCUGCUUGCCAUGCCGCUUUAAAAGGCCUGAGGGUGGAGAGGGGAAAUCCUGGUGAGCUUAUUUCCCUGCACUGUCCAUUGUUGAGAAGUGCAUGUCACUGAAGUAAAGAUAAUAAACAUCAGUGGCUUGUU